CAAGUAGCCGAGCCUUGUGGUCUGAUUGAUCAGUGCCGUGGUCAGUCUGACUCAGCCAUAUCCAUCCAUCCCUUUUAGGCAUAGCCGCCCAACCCAGACUCUACUACUAGUCUCUCUCUUUUCUCCUUAUCUGAAUAAAAUUUGAAGAUGGAUCUCUCCACCUUACCAAUACAUAAUUCCCAAUAGUUAGAGAGAGAGAGAGUAAUCGGACAAAAAGGAACACACUUUCUCUCUCUCUUUGUUGCUUGCUGUGGAGCAAAACUUUAAAGUGGACGUGGUUAAGCGUGUCAGAAGAUGGAUAAAAAGGCUCAAAUUUGUGGUUAUUUUGGUCAUGGCAAUAUAUCCAAUCAGUUACGCCUCGUAAAUUCCGCUUCUUCUUCCAUGGCCAUUCCAAUACUCGUGCUUUGAUUUUCUUUUUACUUUAAUAUAGCCUUUUUCUUUUCAAGAUCUCAAGGUAGAAUUCCCUUUAAUUUUCGGUAUAUAUGGCGGCAAAGAAAUUGUAUGAGUCGUUUUCAAAGGGACUGUUAGAGGAAGUGAAUCGAUGGGGUUCAAUGAAGCAAACAGGUGUGAGUCUAAAAUACAUGAUGGAGUUUGGUUCGAAACCCACUGCUCGCAAUUUGCUCAUUUCUUCACAAUUCCUUCACAAAGAACUCCCUAUACGCAUUGCUCGUAGAGCUAUUGAGCUUCAAAACCUUCCUUAUGGUUUAUCCACCAAGCCUGCUGUUCUCAAGGUGCGAGAUUGGUAUUUGGAUUCUUUCCGUGACCUUAGAUCCUUUCCGGAUAUAAAGGAUCAAAAUGACGAGUUGGAAUUCACAAGAAUGAUUAAUUUGGUUAAGGUCCGCCAUAACAAUGUUGUUCCUAUGAUGGCUUUGGGAGUUCAACAAUUAAAGAAAGAUCUCGACCCUAAGGUUGAUUAUAAUGAUUUGGAUGAAAUACACCAGUUUCUUGAUCGCUUUUACAUGUCUAGAAUUGGGAUCCGCAUGCUCAUCGGGCAGCAUGUGGCACUACACGAUCCUAAUCCACUUCCUGAUUGUGUGGGCUAUAUACAUACAAAAAUGUCCCCAUUGGAGGUUGCACGGAGUGCUAGUGAAGAUGCGCGUUGUAUUUGCUUGCGCGAAUAUGGCAGUGCACCUAAUAUCGACAUUUAUGGGGACCCAGGCUUUACAUUCCCCUAUGUGCCAACCCAUCUGCAUUUGAUGGUUUUUGAGUUGGUUAAGAACUCCUUGCGUGCUGUGGAAGAGCGAUUUUUGGACUCGGACAAAGUUGCCCCUCCUGUUCGAAUAAUAGUUGCAGAUGGUCUAGAGGAUGUUACCAUCAAGGUUUCAGAUGAAGGAGGUGGUAUACCAAGAAGUGGCCUUCCCAAAAUUUUUACUUACCUCUACAGUACUGCCAAGAAUCCCUUGGAUGAGCAUUCAGACCUUGAAACAACUGAUGUGGCUACUCUGCCCCCGUUGGCUGGUUAUGGAUAUGGACUUCCAAUAAGUCGUUUAUAUGCUCGCUACUUUGGAGGGGAUUUGCAAAUUAUCUCCAUGGAAGGCUAUGGUACAGAUGCUUAUCUGCAUUUAUCGCGGUUGGGAGAUUCGCAAGAGCCCUUACCUUGAUAUUUGAUGUGGAAGAAAAACUCUUGUAAAUAUUUCAAUUUAAGAAAACAUUGAAGUCUCAUAUCGGUGGAACCUAUUAUUUACUGGUAUAAUUGCCAAAUUACAUAACUUUCUAUGGAUAUUGUUCUCACUUGUUCAGUUGA